AAAGAAAGAAAGAGCGCGCGUGUGAUGUGUGUGUUUAUCAUCAGUGUUUUUCUCUCUUGCGUGUUUCAUUGAGUGUAAACAGUGUCUUGUCUCUGUGUAUUUAAGAGUUGAGAUGAUGAGAUGCUGAGGUCAAGAGGAGAUUUAACAAUGAAACGAGAGGAUUUGGAUUGUUGUGAAUCUUCAGUGUAUGUGACUGAUGAUGGGAGUCUGGAUUCAGUGUGGAUGAGUAGAGAUCAGAGCCGCACACCACAGACACUGCUGGACUCUAAACUCUCUGAAGAGAAAUCCAGACACACACAGAACUCCGAUCUCAGUCUGACUUUACUCUGUUAUACUGAGUCAAAGCUCACAGACACUCAGGACACUACAGUGUGUGACAGUAAACAGAGCUUACAGGAGGAUCAAACCUCCACAGAGUCUCUGGAUUCUGUCUGUAACGCUGGAGAACAGCAGCAGAUCCUGCAGACCAAACUGAAGAUGUGUUCAGUUAAACUUAUUGACUUCAAGAACCUCAUGAUGAAGAUUAAAACUGAACCCACAGAAAUCAAAACUGAACCCACAGAAAUCAAAACUGAACCUAAAGAAAUCAAAACUGAACCCACAGAAGAGGAAGAUCCCACUGAGGAAGAUGAUGAUUUUAUUCCAUCAGAUGUGAAGAGUGAUUCAUGUUUGGAUAUAGAAAUAACGUCCUCAACAUCAAAAGAGCGACUGACAGCACAAACUCUUUCCUGCAUCACCUGUGGAAAGACAUUCAGCUCACAGAGACUUUUAGAGAGACAUGAGAGAAAACACACAGAACAGAAACUCUUCACCAGAUCUGAGAUCAGCUUUACUACCUUACAAGAGAAGAAACUUCAUUCAGAAGACCACAGAGAGAAGAAGAAGCAGUUUCACUGUGAGCAGUGUGGGAAGAUUUUUGUCUGUUCCUAUAAACUAAAUAUUCACAUGAGGAUACACAGUGAUGAAAAGCCUUUCAACUGCACUGAAUGUGGAAAAUAUUUCAGAACCAAACAAAAUCUUGAUAUUCAUCAGAGAAUUCACACAGGAGAAAAACCUUACGAGUGUCCUCACUGUGAGAAGAGUUUUAGUUUAAAGCAUACAUUACUAAGGCACCAGAGACUUCACACAGGUGAAAAACCUUUCAAAUGUUCUCAGUGUGGCAAGACGUUUACUUGUUCAAGUAACUUAAAAAACCACGAAAGAGUUCAUACUGGAGAGAAACCUUAUCACUGUAGUGUGUGUGGAAAGAGUUUUGGACAAAGGGCUACAUUACUAAAUCACAAGAGAAUUCAUACAGGUGAAAAACCUUACAAAUGCUCUCAGUGUGAUAAGACUUUUUCUCAGUCCGGUCAUUUAAAAUCUCAUCAGAGAGUUCAUACUGGAGAAAAACCUUAACACUGUAGUGUUUGUGGGAAGAUUUUUAGUCAACAGUGUAACUAACUAAGGUCACAUUUUCCUAAUCCUAUUUUUUAAACCCUAGUUAGUGUGUAAUGUUGCUAUAAUAGCAUAAAUAAUACUUGUAAAAUGAUAAAGCUCACUGCCAGGCGAUAUAUUUUCUUUAACAGAAUUCGCCUUUCAAAGCUUACAGCGAACGGCCGGUUUGGACUACAGACCUCUACUUCCUGUUUUAAUGACUACAAUAGAACAGUUUUUGACUAAACCCGCCCACAGGAAUAUGUCAGUCGCCAGCUAAGCUAACGGCAAGCUAAUCAGCCCGUUUUGAGGACAGUGAAAACAGCGCUAUACAGAUAAGUAAAUUAUGUGACCUCUAAGCACAAGAGAUUCCAUACAGGUGAAAAACCCUUAAGUGUGACAAGACGUUUGCUCUGUCAAGUCACUUCCCUUCUGAAAAAAACCCCAAUAAAACCUUUGCAGAAAUUCCUAAUGGUUUCCAUUAAAAUACCAGAAGGAACCAUUAGCUUUUACCAUUAAAGCCACUACAAAAUAUCAUCCUUUGAACUAAUUAAACGUCUGACCGAACAUCUUAAACUAACAGCGCUUAGCAGCGUCUGCCAUGUGAUGACCUAACAUGAUGUCAGUGCCUUAAAAUUAGCGGUUUAGGUGCCAAGCUGUUAAAAAGUGUAUGUGUCCAGGAGCAAACAAACUGUUCAUAAUAGUGUUAAUAAAAUAUGAAAAACAACAUGAAUUAACACAUUUAUCAUUUUUAUGUCACAUUUAUCUCUUUUAAGAACUCAUUUGUUUUAUAUUGUGUGCUAUGUGAAUUUUCUAAUUGGUUUUAAAGUAUUUAUGUCAUGGGACCACAAUGUCAUUAAUUGUUCAUUAACUUUGGUUGGUAUAGAAACACACUGAGAAAGAAACUCUUCAGAUUAUUCAGUAAAUUCUUUGUUCAUUUUUACAAUGAUUACGUCUCCUUACUUCUACUAUAGGCCUUUUCUCUGGGCUGGUAAAUGAAAGUUUACUUAAUUAUUCGGUAUUUUGUCAGUCUUUCAUUCUGUCUAGGAAAGUUAAAGGACCUGUUAUUGCAUUGAGAGCAUCUUGAACAGAUGUGUGAUAUGGUAGCACAAUAGAAAUUAACUGCAAGAGCUUAUAGAGAGGAGUAGAGACUUCUUAGAGGAACACCAAUAUAUUUUAUUUAUUUUUCUAUGCAAGGACAAUGCAUAUUAACAUAACAGCACAGCUGUGAAAUAUGCCAGAGUUAGCCGAAAGGCUAGUUUUCAUCUGUAGUCCUAGGCCAGAUGUACAAUAGGCACCCUGAAAACAAUUAAUAAGUAAAAUGCGUUAAUAAUUACAUGACUAAAAUACAAUAAACAAUACAUUUGCUACAGCAGCAAGUAAAGAUACCAACACAGACAUGCAACAAAACAUUCAUGUGCUACAAGCUUAAAAGGAGAUGCAGCUAGAGGCGACAGAACAUACAUAAGCACAAGCAACAGUCUCUGCCAUGCAGCUAAAAGCGACUAGAAUGCAGCUAGAAGCGACAGGACACACAAGAGCACAAGCAACAGUUCAUGAGACAACUUAAAUCACUAUUAAAAAAAAAACAGUAAAUAACAUUUAUCAGUUAUAAUACAAAGUUUAAAAGGAAGAGUACACAUAAAAAUGCAUCAAUAUAAAAUUAGAUAAGAAAAACAUGCUGGAUGACUCAAAAAGCAGUGAAAGUUCAGUGCUGACAUGUUUGAUUGCUAAGGAGCCAACGUUUUAAUGUUG